ACGCCCCUUUAUUCUCGUGAUACAUUACACAUAGCCCGAAUCAAGGCAUACACCAGCAAUGAGUCUAAAACGCAAAGCCGCCGCUGCAGCUACCGACGCGUCUAAGAAGACCAAGCAGAACGGCAGCAUUACUGCCUUCUUCGGCCCACCCAAGACGGACCCCAAUGCACCUCCCAAGCAGACGGCUGCAGCUGCAAAGUUUGACAAAGAUGCCUGGGUUGCCAAACUCACCGAUGAGCAAAGGGAUCUUCUGCAGCUCGAGCUCGAUACCAUGCACGAGAGCUGGCUGCCGCAUCUCAAGGACGUACUUGUGACGCCCCAGUUUCUGCAACUGAAGCGUUUCCUGAAGCAGGAGCUGGCGAGCGGCAAGACAGUGUAUCCGCCAAUGAAAGACGUUUACUCAUGGUCGCGACACACACCGCUCAACACGGUCAAAGUAGUCAUCACAGGCCAGGACCCUUAUCAUGGCCCCAACCAAGCCCACGGCCUCUGCUUCUCUAUUCGUCCACCAAACCCCGCUCCUCCCUCUCUCCAGAACAUCUACAAGGCCCUCAAGAAGGAAUACCCAGACUACCAGCCACCGCCAAACAAGGGUGGACUGCUGAUUCCCUGGGCUGAGCGGGGUGUGCUGCUCAUCAAUACCUGCUUGACUGUUCGCAGAGGUGAAGCAAACUCGCAUUCUGGUAAAGGAUGGGAAUUGCUCAUGCAAAAGGUGAUUGAUACCGUGGCAAAGGUGCGGACCAACGGCGUCGUCUUCUUGGCCUGGGGAACCCCGGCCCAACAGAGGACAAAGGGUAUUCCAGUCGACAAGCAUCUUGUUCUCAAGAGUGUGCACCCCAGCCCGCUGAGUGCAGCAAGGGGAUUCUUUGACUGUGGGCAUUUCACCAAAUGCAAUGAAUGGCUUGUACAGAGAUAUGGAAAGGACGGGGGCAUUGAUUGGGACCUCAACGUCGACAAGGAAAAGGAAAAAGAAAAGGAGAAGGAGAAGGAAAAAGAAGGGGAGAAAGAGAAAGAGGAAGAAAAAUAAUAGAACUGGAUAUCUGACUCACAAUUCAGAUGGGAACCCCAAAACACCGUGCCCUUGGAUAUACGGGUUUUUCUUCGGUAGCGUAUAGUUUGGCGUUGCGACAAAAUGUUUCUUGAAAGCGUAUGAAUGCGUUUGUAAUUGGGCAAAAAUUUCGAUAGGUAUGGACCUAUGAAAGCAAACAAAGCCUCGUUGCAUGCUUCCCUCAAU